GUUGCACAGUAUGCCUCACAAACAUCCGCUUCAGUUUGGAGGAUUAUGAAAGCAUGAGUCGGUACCCUGGAUUGUAACUGCGCCAGCGGCUCUCAGCGCACACACAGAUGGCCCUGGUUGGAUGGCUUAUUUAGCUCCCCGGUUUGGACCGUCCCGCUUCUUCCUGCCAGGUGUGUCCUCGUUCAGGAUCUUUCACGCAACCGGUAUGGCCGACAUGGGUCCGAUGAUGAGUCGGUCCCCGCUGGAGCGGCUCGGUUUUGACAACCUUGCCCUGAGGAAACUCCCAUUGGACCUGUCCGAGGAACCGGGGGUCCGACAGGUGAAGGGAGCAUGUUUCUCCAAGGUGAAGCCAGAGCCUCUGACCAAGCCUCGGUUCGUGGCUGUGUCCCAUGAAGCCCUGGCUCUGUUGGGUCUCAAUGGAGAGGAAGUUGUGAACGACCCACUCGGACCAGAGUACCUGAGCGGGUCCAAAAUCAUGCCCGGAUCCGAGCCGGCCGCUCACUGUUACUGCGGGCACCAGUUCGGGCAGUUCGCCGGGCAGCUCGGCGACGGAGCUGCCUGCUACCUCGGGGAGGUGAAGGUCCCACCCGGGCAGGAUCCGGACCUGCUGAAGGAGAACCCGAGCGGGCGGUGGGAGAUCCAGGUGAAAGGAGCCGGACUGACCCCUUAUUCCAGGUACGCGCAGAUCAAGAGCACAAACAGUAACUUUCCCCCAGUCCUGCCUUAUCUAACUGCUCUACAAGUCACCUACUUAUUCAGCUUCUUAGUUCCUUAAAAAACUGAUCUUGAAAAACAUGUCUGGAACACUACGCAAUCUUGGUAGAAUAAUUUUAAAGUCAAGAGUAGUGAACUUGUAAGUCAUCUUAAAACCUUAAUGACUAUCACCCAUGCUCUUAAAUUUAACAAGUUUUUUUUUCUUUUUCUUGUUGUUUAUCACAUUUUGUACUCUUGAAAAUAAGAGUUCCUUUUGAGGAAAAGUUGAAAUAAAACUACUCCCUUUAUUCUCUGAAGGUAUGAGUGCUGAGUAAAGAGGUCAUAAAUGCACAGUUCGAUGAUCAACAAAUCAUUUAGAGCAGAUUUCUUAUUGAUAACAGUGUAAAGUCAAUGUGUCAAAUGUCAGUACUGAAAGGUUGUAUUGUUUUAUGAAAAAUAUCUAGGGGAGAGUGGGGUAAGAUGAGCUAUUUUUCAUAUUUCGGAUCCCUACAUCGAGGCAAUCAUAGUUUUGUCUCUAACUAGUGUAUCUGCAUAUAUUUCAAGAUGUUGUGCAUCCCUGCAAACCAACGGAAUGAGUGUAAACAUAACUGUCUCGAUAAUAUAGCAUGCCAAAAAAAGUGGUCUCCAAUGGUCAACUUACUCCGUGUAUGGGGUAAGUUGACCAUAGAAGUGGGGUAAGUUGAGCCAUAUCCCUACUACCCCCCCGCCCUCCAACCCAGCCCUCCCUCACCUUCUCUUGCCCUAAAUAACAGUCACUUCUUUUUAUCUAUUACACGCUAUUCAGCUGGAACAAUAAUUCUUUCUAUUAUUAUUGCAUAUAACUGCAAAAAAGCUGUUUUGUAAAAAGCCAUUUUAACAUGAGAAUGCCUUUAAGUGAUUCAGAAGAUUCACAGCUGUAUUUUUGAAAAGAAAAAGUAACACAUUUACACAAUCUGAACUGAAACUCUGAUCCUCUCAUCAAACUUCUUUACUUUCUCAGUUGAGUCACUGGCUCGACUUACCCCUGAACUACUAUGAUGACUUCAUUAGUACUCUAAGCUAAAAUGGUGGACUUUUAUCAUAGGUUUUUGACUUCAUGUUGUAGCUCAUAGAUACCACAAUUGUAUAAAACAAAUUUAAAUGACCUUUUUUGAUCUGAACACAAUUUUAAAAAAACUUAUGACAGACUAAAUUCACUUUCAAAAGUGAAAAAUGUUAUUUUGGAAAAUAAAUGUCUAACCCCUUCACCCAUCUGCUUCUAACCUUCACAGACUCCAUGAAUUGAUACCCAUCUCAUAAAUAUUUGGUCACAUGAUCAAUUUCUGUUACCAGUUCCUAACAACAGGGAUUGGCUCAACUUACCCCACUCUCCCCUACUCAUUUUAAAUCCAUGUUCAUCACUGCAUCCACAAAUGAGGUUAAAAUUGAACCCUACGAAGAGGAAACCAGAAAGAAACAGGAUCUGAGGGGCAGAGGGAAACUGGACUGUUGGACGAUUAAUCAAACUCAUGGGCCAUUGUUCUCUGCUCUAAAUGAGGGAGGAACCACCUGGCUUCUUGUCUUUGCUCGAUUAAAAUGAAAUAUCAGCUCUGAAAUAUCUUAUGUUGUUGUUCAUCGGGACUGGGAAUGACGAAUGAAAUCAAUAAUGACGUGUUUUGCUCUGUUCUAUACAGACAGGCUGACGGCCGUAAGGUUCUGCGCUCCAGUAUCAGAGAGUUCCUCUGCAGUGAGGUCAUGUUCUUCCUCGGCAUUCCCACCACCAGAGCCGGCUCUGUGGUCACCUCUGACAGCCGGGUCGUACGUGACGUGUACUACAGCGGAAAUCCACGCCACGAGAGGUGCUCAGUGGUCCUCCGUAUCGCCCCCACCUUCCUCAGGUGAGUGCAGGCUGUCACUUUUACCUUUUACAGAUGUCUAAAGCUCCUCAGAUGUACAUAUUGGAGUUGUUUGUCUUUGAACAGAUUUGGAUCCUUCGAGAUCUUCAAGCAGGCUGAUGAGUUCACGGGCCGGCAGGGUCCGAGCUACGGGCGGGAUGAGAUCAGAAGUCAGAUGAUGGAUUAUGUCAUUGAGGUGUUUUACCCUGAGAUCCAGCAGAAUUUCCCAGACCGGGUGGAGAGGAACGUAGCUUUCUUCAGAGAGGUCAGAAGUGAUACCUGUCAACACAAUCAGAAAAUUAAUUUGAGCACAGAUGGUCUGUUUUUUUUUUAGUGUACAGAGUUCAGUUUUCUAAAGUAAUCUGAUCAAAUCAGAGCAAACAGAUCUGAUCAAACUCAUGCUGCUGAAAGGAAACAAAGAUGGUUAAAUCAGAUUAGAUCUAAUAAUCCAGUUUUGUGUUUGAUCUGGAUUCAUAGAUCUUGUCUGUGUUGUUUGAAAAGAAUUGGAUUGUAGAGGGCGAGUCAAGCCAGAUUCUGAUUUGUGGUUUUAUGGAGGGACUGACUGGAAUGACAACACGCUCAGUUUUAGACAGGUAGAGCUGCAGGUAGUGUUCCUUCAUCCAUUUAGAAAUAUCUUUUCCCAUUUUUUUCAGGACAAAAGUGAGAAUAAAAAGUUGAUAUUGGAUGAAAAAGUCUAACUCUUUGAUUGAAAUUUGUCCCUGAUGAAAGUCUGGAAUAAGUGAGCCCACAGGUUAACUCGACACAGCAGGUGGGUCUGAUGUUACAGUCUGGAGCCGGGACAUUUGGAUCCUCUAAUCUUGUUAGGCUGCUGACGCUUCAUUUCCUCUGUGUGCUGAGUCACUGUGCCCUCUCCUUUUUAUAGGAGAUUAAGAUGUCAACAAGGCAUUAAUCUCCAGAUAAAGGCUUUUAAAUUCAUCAUCUUCUUAUUACAGAAAUAUUACCUCCGCUGAUGCCAGAUUUCUGUCUCUGCAUCUGUAGGUGGUGCUGCGUACGGCUCGGCUCGUGGCUCAGUGGCAGUGUGUCGGCUUUUGUCAUGGAGUCCUGAACACAGACAACAUGAGCAUCCUGGGACUCACUUUGGACUAUGGUCCUUAUGGCUUCAUGGACAGGUCAGACUCAAUGGGUUUGAUUCAUCUCAAAGGUUUUCAUAUCUUAUCCAUCAUCUUACAGCAGUAGGAGAAAUUUCACAACCUCAUUUUUUAAGAGUUAGGAUGUUGAGGAAAACUACAGAUAAAAUUAUAGUUUGAUGGUUUGUAGCUCAUCUAGCCAAAUUACAAAUGGUGCAAAGAUUAAAUCAAAUGUUGAGAAGUCUGAAACUUUUGUUUUAUGAAAAAUAUAUGAUCACUUUUAAUUGGAUACUUUAAAAAAACCUUUUGUAAACCUUAGUGAACCCAAUAGACCAGUAUCUUGAGUCUUAAAGUGAAAUGUCGUCCUAGUCUUGCCUGAUAGAGGAUUUUAGCUGCUAAACAGUUCAGGGUCUCCUUUGUCCUAUUUUGGUGUCAUGAUGCUCCAAAUGUUUUCAAAGGGGACAAGUCAGGACUGCAGGCAGACCAGUUUCUCAGCAGGACUCUUCUACUACAGAGCCAUGUUGUUGUUAUCCCUAAACCAUAUGAAGGUUUUCCCUUAAGAUCAAGAAAAAUAUCAAGUUAAAAUGAUUUCCCCAACAUCUGUUUUUAAUCAAAAUUUUAGUAUUUAAGUCUUAUGGAACUGGGUUGGUAGUUCUUUAAUAACUCAGACAUCAUAUCUUAAAACAUUUCUUUUCUCCUCCCUCCUAGGUUCGAUCCAGACUUCAUCUGUAACGCUUCUGAUAAUUCAGGCCGGUACUCGUACCAGGCCCAGCCGGCCAUCUGCAGGUGGAACCUGGUGAAGCUGGCGGAGGCUCUGGCUCCGGAGCUUCCUCCUGACAGAGCCGAGGCCGUGAUGGACGAGUACCUGGAUCUGUACAACAACUUUUACCUGCAGAACAUGAGGAAGAAACUGGGCCUGCUGAAGAAAGAGGAGCCUGAGGAUGAGAUCCUGAUUACUGAGCUGCUGCAGACCAUGCACAACACAGGUGGGGACACAGUCUGAGAGAGAGAGAGAGAGCGCUUUAGUCAGAACUUUUACAUUUCCAAAGAUUUUCAGACUGUUUUUUUGUUUUGACUUUUUCUUUUUCUUCAGAAUUCUAAGAAAAGUUUUAGAUCUCUAAGAACAAAUGGAAAAAAUCAGACUGUAGAAUAUAGGGGGGGCCAUAAUCUCGGUAUGUCUUGUAGAGUAGCAAUCCAAUAAACAGCUUCAAUAUAUGAAAAACUUUUUUAAAUCACAUAAAUAAAGUUUUGUUUUAAAAUCUCAGACCUUUUUGGUUUGCGUUUACCCUCAUACUCUGCUGUACAGUUGAGUCAUAAAAUAUGAGGUUAUUAAAAGCACUGCUGUAUUAUGAGCCGUUCUGCUGUCACUGUAUCCGUCUCUGCCCUUCCUGCAGGUGCUGACUUCACCAACACUUUCCGCAGCCUGAGUCAGAUCUCCUACCCUACUGAGGGAGAUGGUGAUGAAGAGGAGGAGGUGCUGAAGAAAGCCACAGAGCUCCUGCUGCAGCAGUGCGCCUCCUUAGAGGAGCUGAAGGCUGCAAACAAACCCAGCAUGGAUCCACGGUAAGGAAGCCCGGCCUGACGCACAAAAACAACGAUGUUUCACCUCCUCUGCAGUAUUAGAGAAAUGAAACCUAGCAGGAACACAGCAGGAGAGACAGAGGUGAAGAGAGGUCGAGCUUUCUGAGUGUCCAGGGCUGAAGACCUGAGCUGUAAAUACAGGCCAGAUUUUAGAUGAAGCAAUGAAAUCAUUAUAAUGUGCAUGUGCACAUAAAUCAUCCCUACUUUUGCUGGUAGCUUGUCUUUGAACUUGUUGAUCCUUUAAACAAAAGUGGUGCUUCUGUUUUCUUUCAUAUAAGAUCAACGAAUAGUGAACCUCAUGGUUUGUCUGGGGUGAUGCAUUCUGCAGCCUCCAGGUGCCGCUAGUGAGAGAACCUAUCAGGAUUUACAUGAGAGGAGAAAAGUUGGAAAAAGCUGCAUGAAAAAUCAGUGUGUCAUAGCGUUUACAUUCAAAGUGUGUUGGAGCCACAUUAGUAAUUUUUUACAGAUCUUUCAGAAAGAAUCUGUAAACAAUGGUGCCAAUGCUGGUGCCAAAGUUUUCCUUUAUUUUAGGCUAAACAGGGGAGUAAAUCUGAUCCCUGACUGGACCAGAACAUUAAAUGAAUAAUUUAGAAUGGUUGAAGUCACAAGUUAAAAUGUGUUAUCUUCGUUUUUUUCAAAAUUCAUCUUUAUUAAGUGGCGGUAAAUUUUGUUGAAUGCCCUGAAGAGGAACUGCACAAACAUUCAAUGAUCAUUAAAAACAUUUCAACAACAAAAAAAUCAAACACAAGAACAUUUCACAAAAAUACUAAAUUAUUUCAUGAACUGUUAGACCCUUUCACCUAAAUCAUAAACAUUUCACUUGAUGCAAAAUAAUUUCAAGAACCAAAACAGAAAAGAAAACAUUUAAUUUGACACACCAUUGUAGACUCUUUAAGGGAGUAGAUAUGUCACAUUACUUAAUGAUACUCCAUUAAAUGCCAAAUAACUCUAUAAAGUAGAGAGAAAUUUGGAUUUGUCAGUAACUUUGAUUUUAAGGGUACAAAGUCAGUUUUAUGAAAUAGUUAUUAGUCUUGCUGUCUGUUUUUUAUUUCAGUCUUUUAUUUUUUCUAUCUAUACCAGACAGAGAAACACUUUCUGACACACCUGGAAACUCUGUUCUGAUUUUGAAUCUGCUCACAGAGAGCUGGCCAUGUUGAUCUCCAUGGCUCAGAGUAACCCCGCGCUCUUCCAGAUGAUCUCAGACCGAGCGACGAUAGCGAGACAGUUAGACAAACUCAGCAGACUGAGAGACCUGAUGGAGACGAAUGAAGAGGAGCUGAGCGGCAAACACACUGAGGAGUGGAGCCGCUGGAUUACACGAUACAGGUCAGAUCUGUAUGGUGGCUGAAAGAAGACAAAUCAGAUUUCUUUUACAAACAUUUUCUGACUUUGAAACUUUUUUUGCAUUUACACUGUGUUUGAACUUAUACAUUUGUUUUCUAAUACAUGAUCUCUAAAUUUGCUGCGGUUUUUCUGUAUUUAUUUACCUUUUUUCUGAAUUUGCUGCCUGUUUUUUCAGUUGGCCACAGUAGAUUUGUGGAGAAAAAUAAAUAUCGGGAUAAUUUAGAGAGGAAAGACUGAGAGAGACAGAGGGUGGAGGAGCUGCAUGCAGUGGAUGAGAGGUUUUUGGGGUGGAGGUGUAACUGAAUGAAGGAUAAGGAGGAAACGUGGGUGUAGAGUCUGAUGUUGCUUUUUACUGUAACUCUCUAAAUGUCUGGCGUUAUCUCCGCGACAGGAAGCGUCUGGCUGAAGAGCUGGAGGGACAGAGUGAUGUGCAGGCGGCGCAGGAGGAGAGGGUGAAGGUGAUGGACAGCACCAACCCUCGGGUGGUGCUCAGGAACUACAUCGCCCAGAAUGCAAUAGAAGCUGCAGAAAGUGGAGAUUUCUCUGAGGUGAGGUUUGAAUCUGCUGCCAUAAUAUUUCACUCUGCACUUGUGAAACUUUUAGUUCUGCUUUGCUCACUUCCACUCAAUAGAAGCUGUUUUAAGCUCCCAGGCGUAAAGAUCUGACUUCAUUUAUGAGCAGUGAGGUUCCCCAAUUUUUUUAUGCUUCCAUUUUUUCAAAAUGAGGUCAUUCAAACUAAUCUUAAAAAAACACAAGAUAAACUUUGCUGUACCUGUAGUAGUUGAUAGCUUGGCCAGAAACAAGUUUGAUUGGCCAGUGGAUUUUUUUUUUAUCCACCUGCCAUCGAGGCCCAAGAGUUAAAAAGUAAAUUUCAAGUGACAGAAUGAUGCUUCACCAUCAGCAGUGGAACAGAGAGAAACAGGUCUUCUCGAAACUUACUUACACUUUGCGGCUUAAGUUUACUGAAACAAUAACAUCGUGUUAAAAACUCAAACUCUGUCAUGUCAGUUUCCAUGUAGAGAACAAAAUCUGUUUUACAUAGUUUGUACUACAGAGUUAGGGUCGAUCAUUUCUGAUGCAUUUUAGGUGAGAAAUGUACCUGCCAACUUCAAGCAUAUUUUUGUCUUUAGUUAAAACUAAGAAGGGUGUGUAAGCUGUUUUGGUGCAGAUAUCUGUUAACAGAGACAAAUAGAUCCUCUGAAUUUCUCUGAUGGGAUUACAGCAGUGCGGGAUCUGCCUGCUUUUGCUCUCCAUACCAAACAGCACAAGCCUCCUAAUACCUGAUUGGUCAGUACUACUCAGUCAGCAAACACACAACAAACAGAAACCAGAUAAUGCCCCAUGAUGAAAAUCCAAACUGUUUGAUAUAUUUAACAUUUUUAUGUGGAAUCUGUAGAGAUUAUUCAUCUUAAAUUUGUACAUGCUCUGCUACUGUCUGUUGGUGCUUUUAUUUUGAUGUUUUCACUGCCUUGCAUUGCAUUCAUUCCCCAUAUCUUGAAAGCAUGCUUUUAUUUUGAAAUGGAGGAUACACUGCUUCUAAUGGAUUCUGUGUUAUCGAAAAGAGUUAAACAGGCCAAAAAUGAGGGUUUGAAAGUAUCAAUGUUCAAUGUUUCAGCAUUCACAAGUGUGCGACUGUCUUUCAGAGCAAGGUUGUAGUUUUCUAAAAAGAUCAGAGCUUCAGCUGUUGUGAAAACCUUAGCCUCUGGCAUUUCCUCCCGAAGUCUGUUUCCGGUUUUUCUGGUUAUGUUCUCAUGGUUGAAUUUUCUCUGUGGCCAACAAGGCAGCUUCAUGUCCCACCUGUUUGAAGACUUAAAGCUCUUAAAAGCGAUCUACUGUCUCUGCAACAAGAUAACCAAACCCCUCUAAAUUCUGAAGCCACAUAUUUUGGAUACAGUUCCUUUCCUCCUCUCAAAAAUCCUCCUCGUGUUUUUUAUGUUUUGAAUUCUAGCUACUCCAAACUAACCGCUCUCUGCCUGUGGGUUUAAUAAAGUUUUCAUUAAAUUGGAUUGUCCUUUACUUUCUCUCACCUCCUCUCUGCAGGUCCAAAGGGUCCUGAAGGUCCUUGAGAAACCUUUCUCUGCACAGCCGGGUCUGGAGCUCCCUUCGUGGUCGGGCGGAGGCGAAGCGAGCACGCAGGGAGAGAGAGAUGAGGGAGAGGAGGCGCAGCAGGAGGCGGCGUCUUCAUCCACGGCCAGAGACCCUGUCCCCUACGACAGCAAGCCCCCCGCCUGGGCCACUCAGAUCUGUGUCACAUGAUCUUCGUAAGAACUUCCCUGACUGGCUCCUGCCUCAUGAUAAGAGAGUUUAUCACCAUUGUUUUUGUACUCUAAAUGUCACUGAAAAGCUCUCUUAGACUUUGGCAGGCGGCGUCAGGGGAGUUAGUAUGAGGUCUGGCAUCCAAAUGCUAACAGCUGAAACAAAACAGACAGAGAAGAGCUGAGUUUAGCUCCAAAAAUUGAGCUUUUAAAUGUGAAAGAGUGUCAAAAAAUACCUAUAAAGUGAUGAUUUUCUUCCGGGACCUGACAGUCCUGCUAAACACAGGAUGCUGCAGUACCACUUGAUGUUAGAAGGGACUUAAUUUCGUGAAUUUACAGGAUGGGCAUGGUCAUGAAUCAAAUUUUAAGUAGCACAACGUGUAUUUUGUAAAAGUUUUGAUUAAAGGGAGGGGUUGCUCAGCUUCUUUUUCUGUUUGUUUGUUGUUCAGCUUUAAUGAUGAGUCAGACAAAAAGUCCUUCAGUGACCUGUCUGACUCUGAAACAGCAGGGUGUCACCUCUCCACUUAUACCAAAUAAUACCGUGCGCGUGAAAGGGAUGGUUGUUUUCGUGUGAUUGUACCAUGAGCCGCAGCAGAUUAACACGCACAAUAUUCACUCCUAUAAUAGAAGCGUUGCCUUUUCUCCACAGUCAUAGCUCCACUGUAUGUUCACAGAGACACACAGGACUAACCAACGUUUGUCCUCCUUAAAUGUUUAGCUCAGGGCUGUUGCAGGAGUAACAAGGGUCAGCUGAUAUCUGUUUUCAGGGCUAAUACUGAUCCUAAACUUUGCAUUUUUUUUCAUUUUAAACUUUUAAGAGUCUACUAACUUGUUAAAGGUUGUAAAAACAGAACGAAUAAGACCAACUUUCACUGAUGAAAAUGGUUGAAUAACAGCUGAGAUCCAAGCAAAAGUAAACGUCUGACUGAGCAUGUGCCAAAGGAGCUCUACUCUGUUCAAAUGCAAGAAAUGAUUCAUAACUUUACAAGUUGACUAUCAAACUCUAAAAGUCUAUUAACUGUUACAGUUAGUAAUAAAAACACAACAAAGAACAUUGCUGCUAAGAUUGUGUUAUUUCCCAGUGACAGCUGAGAUCAGGGAGGUAAACAUCUGGCAGCACAUGUGUAUGGAGCUGUCAGGGACACUUGAGCCAACUAGAACGCUACUGAUUCAUUCUGUCGCCCUCCUGCACGAUAAAUACCCAAAUACCAAUUAUUAACUGCUAGAAUAACAAAUGAAACAUUAAUACUGUAUGAGAAAUCAGCUUUGAGUAAUACUAUGUAGGGAACCAGCUCAUUGCAGGGGGCAGUAGUGAUUUUUUCUGCUGGUUUACACUUGCCAUAAAACAAAGUCAAGACAAAGAAGAAGAAGAAAACGCAGCUGCAUCAUCCCUCUGAUGGAUGGUUGCUCACGUUUUAAACUGAUGCUCAAAGAUUUAUCAUGAAUCCAAAAACAACCUACACCCCUACAUGGUGAUAGUUUGUUUACAUUGAUACUUAAUGCAGCCCCUCUGCUACUUAAAAUCAACCUGAAGUUGCAUAUACGAAUGCAUUUCAGAAGGUUUUGCUUUUUUUUUAGGAGAGUGUUCAAUAACACGCAGAAAACUGUCAAUUCAUUAUUAUUAUUUUUUUAUGUUUUGGUACGCUAUCUAAACUCUGAGGGGUUUUUUUGCCCUGGAGGUGAAAGUGUGACACUGCAGCAGCCCUUUAAUUCCAUGCAUUAAAACAGAAACUGUUUCUGAGUGAUGCAGUGUAAAAAUAGGAAGUGUGUGUGUUAUAUUUGAACUUUUAUGCAGGCUGCAGGUUUAUGCCUCAAAUGGGAUGUGGUCAAGCCUGAUUUGUAAGUAAGGGAAAAAGGAGAUCAUAACUGCCGUUGAUGGAUUAAAAUAAAGUUCUUCAAGCUGAAUUUUAAUGCAGUAAAAGACAGAAAAUGAAAUUAGAAGAUGUAGCAAAAGUUUUAUUUUUACAGAUUUAAUAUUGAAUCCUCAUUUGAGUCAGUUUCAGCCUCAAUGUGUCCCAAUAAACUGAGCACCAGUACUCACUGUGUCCUCUCCA